GUCUGGCCUUCCCACGCCGCCCUCACCCGUCCGUCCCGCUUGGCUCUGCCUUCCACUGUCGCCCUUCUGUUUUAACCAUGUGAUUAUAAACAUUAUUUAAUUAUUUUCUUCGUACCGAAGAACGAGCUGAUCUUCUCCCAUCAUGCCUCGGGUGUCGUUCGCCUCUCCCUCACUGUGCCUCACCUUCCUUCCUCUGCUCAACCGCCUCCUCCCCUCCCUCCCCCAAACUGUGCAAGACGUGGACGUGCCGCCGUUGUUUCGGGAGCGGUUCAUCUUGUCCGGGUACCGUCCUGUGGGCCACACGUGGCGUUGCUACGUGCUCAGUCUCUUCCAGAUGCACAACGAGACUGUGAACGUGUGGAGCCACCUGCUGGCCGCUGUCUGUGUGCUGAUGAGGUUCCUGACGUUCACCGUCCUGCAGGGAGGGGGGAUCCUGGGUUUUCGGCUACGGGGUCCCGAAGGUCAGGGCUUUUCUGUGGACGUCUCCUCACUUCCUCUGGUCCUUUAUGUUUUCUCCGCCAUCACGUACCUGAGCUGCAGUGCUGCUGCUCACCUGUUGCAGUCCCACUCGGAGCAGGCACAUUACUCGCUGUUCUUCCUGGACUAUGUGGGUGUGGCUGUCUAUCAGUAUGGCUGCGCUCUGGCUCUGUGCCUGUACAGCUCCGACGCAGCCUGGACACAAAAUUUCUGGCAGGUUUUUCUCCCAGCAGCCGCCCUCCUUGCCUGGUUCUCCUGCACCGCCUGCUGUUUUGCAAAGCUUCGUUUCCGGCGGCCGUACCCACUCCACAGGAAGCUCUGUCAGGUGCUGCCGAUGGGCGUGGCCUACUUGCUAGACAUCAGCCCCGUCGCCCACCGUCUCUCCACCUGCAGCUGGACGAGCAGCUCUGCAUUGCCGCUGCACUUCCUGCAGGUGGUGCUGUUCCUGCUGUCAGCGUUCUUCUUCUCUUGUCCCAUACCUGAACGCUUUUCCCCAGGAAGCUUUGACAUCAUCGGCCACGGCCACCAGCUCUUCCACAUCCUGUUGUCCCUCUGCACGCUGGCCCAGCAGGAGGCGCUGUUUCACGACUUUCUGUGGCGGAGGCCAGCCCUGGUGAGGGAGUUUGGAGAGGAGCGCCUCCUGCUGGCCUGCGCCUCCUUCCCCUGCCUGACAAUCUGCUGCAUGAUGACAGCAGGCGCUAUGAGGGGGCGAGCUCAAGUUCAGCUGAUGAAAGAGCAAAGAUAGAAGAAGAAGAAGAAAAUGUGAUUUCAUGUGCACAACUUCUGAAGGACUUUCUUUGCGUUUGGGAAGCAUUUCUGCAGACAAAUGUGGGCUUUUGUAAACGUGUGAAUUUGCAUGUCUGUGCUGUGUGUGCAGCUGUCAGCUCCUCAGGGCAGAUCAUCAUCAUCCUCAUCAUCAUCAUCAUCAUCAUCACAUUCCAGCACUGAUCUUCUGGAUUUACUGGUUUCUGCUUUUUGACAUUCUUUCAACCCAGUAACACCAGUAAAAUUAGUGACGUCUACAGCCGUUGAUACAAGCUGAUGUUGUAGCUCAUGUUAUCGUGACACUUGCUGAGUCUUCUGUUCAGAUGGAGGUUAGCUUGUGUUAGCUGCCUCUGUGUCAUGGAUCCAGAUGCUGAAGACAGAGCUGAAGUUAAACCAGAACUUCAUUCAAAAUCCCACUGACAUUUGACUAAUUAAAAACAUGUUGUGUGUCUCGCCUCAUUUGAAUUUUUUGUUGUUUCCUGUUUAGCAGGUUGGGUGACAUAGAGUUUCAAUUCAUUUCAAAUAAUUUUGUAAAUCUGAAAUUCUUUCAGCACCACCACAGCAACAACAAUCUCACUCACCUCAACAUAACAUCUGCAUAUUAAUCUGAAACUAUUCA